AUGUGCGGUUAUCGCAUUAUUACAGUGAAAGAGCAACAGAGGCAGGUGGUCGGGGUGAUUAAUCUACUGCUCAAGUUUGGGGCUGACAUCAAUGCUCGCACACAGGAUGGCAAAACGGCAUUACAUUUGUCGACUAGUGACGACACAUACGAAGUAGCUCUUAUAUUGCUGGAUGCAGGUGCAUUUAUAGACAUUCAAGACGAGAAUGGCAAGACACCACUGCACUAUUGUGUUCACGAAAAAGGAUUGCUUGUCACCAAUCUGCUAUUGUCACGAGGUGCAAAUAUUGAUGUCCAAGACGUGGACGGACUUUCAGUGUUGGACCUUGUUGUACAACGAGCAGAUUUGAACCUACUACAGCUGUUUUUGAACAAUCAUCAGUUGGUAGCAACUCCAGAACGACACGAUUUUGCAGGUUUCGUACUGCUGCAUGCAGUCGAGGUUGACGUGAAGAAUGUCGUGCGUUUCAUUGUGGAUAAUGGAUACGCAUUAGUUACUGUACUGGAAUUACUGCUAAACUUAGAUGGAGGCGGUGACAACAUGACAGCAACCAUGGAGCUAUCAGAAACCCCCGUACAUUACGUCUCCCGAUAUGGUUCUACUCGGGAAGUAGAGACCUUACUACAGGGUCUACAUAGUGUGUUUGGAAACUUGCAAGGGCUUCCAGAGCUCAACGCCGAGAAUCCUCUGCACAUCGAGAAUGCACGAGGCAUGACAAGUCUUUAUAUUGCAAGCACUUGUGUCAAUGAUAUUGAUCUAAAGACUGAAGGCGCUACAACAGCAGUCCGUGAUGCUAACGUGCAACUGUUAUUGGACCAUGGAGCUUUGUUGUUUGCCCCCGAUGUCUUAUCUCUGCAAUUUGAUCGUGGGAAUGCGCGCAAUGCACACCUGCUUUUUCCUGUCCAAAUACAGCGCUGUCUACUGAUGUGGUUACUAGACGCUUGA